GAUACAGUCAGGGGAAAGUUGUCUUACAAAGGUCGUGUGAAUACUGACAAGUGUCAAAUAAUCGACUUGAAAGAUGGCGAAUGGUCUCAUGGUGGUAAUGGCGUUAAAAAUGCUUGGCGGAUUAAUAAUUUCGAUAAAGACGACAAAUGGUAUGUAUUGUUUGCUAAGAAUGCAAGAAUGAAAGAGGAAUGGAUGGAGGCUUUCAAGAAAGAGAGAAGACAAGUGGAGGAUGACAAAAUAAACGGUUUCAUCAUCACUCCUAAAAUGAAAAGAGCUGCCAUUGCUCUGUUUAAUACCACCAGUGAGCCAAUAUCAAGGAAACAUCCACCAAAAAAGAACUAUGAAUUUUCUAGUGAGAGUCUACCAGUUGGUAUGAUAAACACUUUACCAGCUGGAGCAAGAGGAGGAGAGAUAACAACAUCACUGACUUUCUCACCAGGAGAAAGAAAGAAAAGACAAAAAAGAAAAUAAGCUUUUAUUGUAUUAUAAUUAUCGUUUUUGUAGAGCGGAUGGUUUAUAUUGUUGUUGUUGUUGUUGUCAUUGUUGAUAUUUUAAUUUUAUGUGUAACUUCACGUGUUUUAGAGUUGAUACUUGUAUUAUAAGCAAA